CUAAGUGCUCUACUACCAAAAUUCUUCUAUCUCUUCAUCCUUUUGUCGUCUCUCUCUCUAAACAACAGAUUGAAGAUAACUAGCUAGGAUUUAAAGGAGAUGGACUCUAUGGAAUCCUGUGUUCCUCCUGGAUUUCGAUUCCAUCCUACUGACGAAGAGCUCGUCGGAUACUACCUCAGGAAAAAGGUGGCUUCUCAAAAAAUAGAUCUCGAUGUCAUUAGAGACAUUGAUCUUUAUAGAAUUGAGCCAUGGGAUCUCCAAGAGAGGUGUAGGAUAGGGUAUGAAGAGCAAACAGAGUGGUACUUCUUCAGCCACAAAGAUAAAAAGUAUCCGACUGGCACAAGGACAAAUAGGGCGACGCUGGCGGGGUUUUGGAAGGCGACAGGAAGGGAUAAGGCGGUUCAUGAUAAGAACAAGCUCAUAGGGAUGAGGAAGACCCUUGUAUUCUACAAAGGAAGAGCUCCUAAUGGACAGAAGACUGAUUGGAUCAUGCAUGAGUAUAGACUCGAGUCUGAAGAGGAUGCACCACCACAGGAAGAAGGAUGGGUGGUAUGCCGAGCAUUCAAGAAAAAAGCAACCUCCCAACCUAAACCCCUAAUAGUCGACCCUUGGGACUCCCCAACCUACAUCUUCAACCAGUCCAGUCAACGAUUCAACUGCAGUUACAUGCAACAACAAUUUCAUCAACCCCAUAACAACCUCUUCCUCAAACAAGAGAAUGAGCUCCCGCAGCUUGAGAGCCCUUCACUUCUUCUGGAAGAAGAUCGAGAACAAGUGAGAGUGACUGAUUGGAGAGCGCUUGACAAAUUUGUUGCAUCACAGUUGAGCCAUGAGGGAAGUCAUGAGAUCGAACGGGUCGCAGGUUUUGGUGCCGAUAGUGAAUCCGAUAUCGCUGCCAUGUUGAGCUCGGAUGGGAUAUGUGUAUUUGAGAACUGAAGGUUAUGGAGAGUAUUGUAUGGGCUAAUGAGUGAAGUUCUAGGGUUUGAGUAUAGCUUAUAGUAGAUAUAUGUGGUGGUGUUUUCGGAAUUGGUUG